AUGCCUAGCUAUGUAAAGUUUAUGAAGGAGAUUCUGUCUAAUAAGAGAAAGAUGGGUGAUUACGAAACAGUGGCAUUAACAGAAGAAUGUAGUGCGAUUUUGCAAAGAAAGCUUCCUCAAAAGUUAAGAGAUCCUGGGAGUUUUACCAUUCCAUGCACUAUUGGGGAGUUUGAAUGUAAGCAUGCACUUUGUGAUUUGGGGGCGAGUAUUAAUUUAAUGCCGUUGUCGGUAUUCCGGAGGCUUGGUUUGGGGGAAGCUAGGCCAACUACAGUAACAUUACAGUUGGCUGAUAGAUCUGUGAAGCAUCCACGUGGUAUUAUAGAAGAUGUAUUGGGAGAGUUGAAGCUGAGAGUUCAAGGGGAGGAAGUAGUAUUUAAUGUGUUUAAGGCUAUGACUUAUCCUAAAGCAAGUGAUAGUUGUUUCUCAGUUGAUGUGGUCGAAGAAGUAGUAGAAAGAAAAAAAUUAAGAGAGGAUCCUCUUGAGUUAAGUCUUACAAUUGAUGAUGUAGAUGGUGAGGAGAAUGAAGAGGUGAUGAGUUAUUUAAAGUGGAUAAAAUCAGCUGAGCCGUGGAAGCAUAAGAAAUUUGAAGAAUUGGGUGCAGGACCAGACAGACCAUUACCAUCGAUUCAGAAGCCACCUGUUUUAGAAUUGAAGGUUUUACCGGACCAUCUCCGCUAUGCUUAUCUUGGGGAAAAAGAGACUCUUCCGGUUAUAGUCUCAUCAUUUCUUUCGGAGGUUGAGGAGGAGAAGUUGUUGAGGGUUUUACGAACUCAUAAAACUGCUAUAGGGUGGACUCUGGCUGAUAUAAGAGGAAUUAGCCCAUCAACAGUUAUGCAUAGAAUUCUUAUGGAAGAUGAGACGAAACCGACUAUUGAUGCUCAAAGAAGUCUUAAUCCAACAAUGAAGGAAGUGGUGAGGAAAGAGAUUUUGAAGUGGUUGGAUGCUGGAGUGAUUUACCCUAUUUCUGAUAGUGCUUGGAUCGUAAUUGCACCGGAGGAUCAAGAAAAGACAACGUUUACAUGUCCUUAUGGGACUUUUGCUUUUCGAAGGAUGCCAUUCGGGUUAUUAUAUGGGUCGUCUUUUGACACUUGUUUGACUAAUUUGGAGAUGGUGUUGAGAAGGUGUGAGGAGUCUCAUUUGGUGCUUAAUUGGGAAAAGUGCCACUUUAUGGUUAAUGAAGGAAUUGUAUUGGGGCACAAAAUUUCUAAGAAAGGAAUUGAAGUGGAUCGGGCCAAGAUUUCUACUAUAGAGAAUUUGCCACCUCCAAUUUCAGUUAAGGGAGUGAGGAGUUUCUUGGGCCAUGCGGGGUUUUAUCGGAGAUUUAUCAAAGACUUCUCUAAGAUCUCAAAGUCGUUGUCUACCUUGUUGAUGAAUGGGGUUCCUUUUGAUUUUAAUGAUGAUUUUUUGAUUGCUUUCAAGACUCUCAAGGAGAAGCUCAUUUCAGCGCCGAUAGUAUGUACACCUAAUUGGGACCUUCCAUUUGAGCUUAUGUGCGACGCUAGUGAUUAUGCGGUUGGAGCGGUUCUUGGGCAGCGAGUGGACAAGGUAUUUCGAACUAUAUACUAUGCUAGUCAAACUUUAAAUGAUGCUCAACUAAAUUAUGCAACAACAGAAAAAUAA